GGAGAAAAGAGAGUGCGGGGUGGCUUCUGGGCUAGGGCUGCCGCGCGGUUGGAGAGUGGUGGGGACGCGUUUGCUGCGCCUGGGCGGGCCUAGCGGCUCUGAUCUUUUUCGUCCUCUGGAACCGGCCGCACUUGCACGCCCGCCAUGGGUGGCUCUCCUUAAACUCCGUUCCUGGGGCUCCCAGAAAGCCUGGGAACCUCACUGGCUCCCGAGAUCAGUCCUGGGCGUGAGAAGACUCAGGGUGACCUGCUAGUGUGUUAGAAGGCAAAUGCAUUUCGCUUGCACAGAAGUUACCAGGAAACUUUGACAGCGAUUGACUUUUCUGUGGUGCGGGUUAUCUAUCUUAACGCAUGAGGCCACCUGGCAGAGGCCAGCGAGGAGGGGAUCAGUGGCUUUCAGAAUCUUGGACAGACCCUCGGGGAGGGUGUCGAUGUCCUAUUCUCCCAAGCGCCAGGAAGAAGGAAGGCCUGAGCUUGUCACUGCAAGCCUAGGCCUGACUCCCAAGGAUGAGGCCAUUCUUGCUGUGGAUUUGAUGGGCAGUUAGAGCAGCCGCAUUUUUUUUUUCCCUGCCUGACUGCAGGGCUGCAAGCAGCAACUGAAGGGACAUUGAAAUGGAUUGGUUGUGCUACUAAGGCAUGCUUCCAGGGCUUAAACACAUUCAGUUGGAAUAAACCUCGGAACGCAGCCCUCUCUUCUCUUUUUUUCUUUUUUGGCAUGGAUUUCUGGAGCCUGUUGCCGCUCAGCACAGAAGCACUGUGGUUUUUUUUGGAAGUAGAUUUCUCAACUGAACCCUGAAGCUGAGUAAGGCUUCUGACUGCUGUAAAUUAUUAGGGAAGACCCCCCUGAGCUGUACUGAGAAGAAAUUCCUGUGCAGAUUUUUUUUUUUUCGUGAAUUGGUCCAGGAAUUGCACCGCCACAGAUACUCGUCAUGGCUGCUCUGUUGAUCUGAACAAGGAAAGCAAACCACAGGAAACUGACAGGCUUCUUUUCCCCACCUUAAAUAUUCAUCUGCUGGUGAAGGGUCCCCUCUUUUUCUUCCUUAAAAAUUCUUGCUACUUUCCAAAUCAGGAUUCAUCAGGAUUCGCCUGAAGACUUCUUAAAAAGCCUUCGUCACAUUUGAACGCAUCCCUGUCAGACACUUCUGGGCUUCAUCCACAUGAGCUGAGCAAGGGAAGAACAAACCUUAGCAUGGAUUAACGGGGUUUCGGAAAGUUCAAGAGAUCAUUUGAAGGAACUGGAUUUACCUUUGGCACAAAUGCGGGAUGGGGAGUGGGUAGGUGAAAAGGCAAAGAUUGGAAGGAAAUAUCUGCGAAGGUAGAAAAAGGAAAUUUGAGAACUGAUUGGCUGUAGUUGCUGUCAGCGGGUGGAUGUCGUUUUCUUCUCUCUCUUUUUGCUACAGGAAGUGAUUUGCGGAGCUCACCGAGCCUUUGUUGAGAAGGGUCUCCUCAGAGUGAGUCACGCUUUUGCUGGGAGCAGCCCGGAGCAGCUGGGCGCUCGCUCCAUCAGCGGCAACUAUGACUUUUGCAAGGCAAGCGUUCCACCCCAACCCGCGGUCUCCAGGGCCCGCGCUGCGUGGCUGCUGCUCUGCUGCCUUGUAACGGUGAAAGGGAUCGGUCGUCGGCCUCGGCUGUCCCUCUCCGGAAAGGCUGUCCUGGGACCCGGGCUCCUCGUCCCGCUCGGGGGACCGCGGCUCGUGUGCUAUGCGCGGCAGUCCGCGCCAGGGCCGGCAGCAGCAGCGCCCGGGUGGAUGCGGCGAGCCCACGGAGGGGCAUGCUUCCACGCACCAAGUACAACCGCUUCAGGAAUGACUCGGUGACAUCGGUCGAUGACCUUCUCCACAGCCUGUCGGUGAGCGGCAGCGGCGGCAAGGUCUCGGCGGAGCCCGCGGCGAGCCCCUACCUGGUGUCGGGCGAGGCGCUGCGCAAGGCGCCGGACGAUGGGCCCGGCAGCCUGGGCCACCUGCUCCACAAGGUGUCCCACUUGAAACUCUCCAGCUCCGGCCUGCGUGGCCUGUCGUCGGCCGCCCGGGAGCGGGCAGGAGCGCGGCUCUCAGGCAGCUGCAGCGCUCCCAGCCUGGCGGCCCCGGACGGUGGCAGCGCGACCCCCGGGUCCCGCGCCCCGGCCGCCAGCAUGAGCGCCACCAGGAAGAGCCGGGCCGGCGACGAGCCUCUGCCCAGGCCCCCGCACGCCAGCGACCAGGUGCUGGGGCCGGGAGUCACCUAUGUGGUCAAGUACUUGGGAUGCAUCGAAGUUCUGCGCUCAAUGAGGUCUCUUGACUUCAGUACAAGAACUCAGGUUACCAGGGAAGCCAUCAGCCGUGUCUGCGAAGCUGUACCAGGUGCCAAAGGAGCCUUCAAGAAGAGAAAGCCUCCGAGUAAGAUGCUGUCCAGCAUCCUGGGGAAGAGCAACCUCCAGUUCGCAGGGAUGAGCAUCUCCCUGACCAUCUCCACUGCCAGCCUGAAUCUGCGCACUCCUGACUCCAAACAGAUCAUAGCGAACCAUCAUAUGCGGUCCAUCUCCUUCGCUUCAGGGGGAGACCCGGACACAACAGACUAUGUUGCCUAUGUUGCUAAGGACCCUGUCAAUCGCAGAGCUUGCCACAUUCUGGAAUGCUGUGACGGGCUAGCCCAAGAUGUCAUUGGCUCCAUCGGACAAGCCUUUGAACUCCGGUUCAAACAGUAUUUGCAGUGCCCUUCCAAGAUUCCUGCUCUCCAGGACCGAAUGCAGAGCCUGGACGAGCCAUGGACUGAAGAAGAAGGAGAUGGCUCUGAUCACCCAUACUACAACAGCAUUCCUAACAAGAUGCCUCCUCCAGGGGGGUUUCUCGAUGCUCGAUUGAAAGCCAGACCCCACGCUCCUGAUGCAGCCCAGUUUGCAGGAAAAGAGCAAACUUAUUACCAGGGAAGACACUUAGGAGAUGCAUUUGGUGAAGACUGGCAGCGAGCACCCACCAGGCAAGGCUCCUUGGACAUCUACAGCACCCCAGAAGGAAAAACUCACAUGGUUCCUGUAGGGGAAACACCAACCUAUGUCAACACCCAGCCAGGCCCACCACAGGUUUGGCCAGCAGCAACCAGCAGCACCGAGAGCAGCCCACGGAAGGACCUCUUUGACAUGAAGCCUUUUGAAGAUGCCCUCAGAAACCAGCCCCUGGGCCCUGUGUUGAGCAAAGCCGCAUCUGUGGAGUGCAUCAGCCCUGUCGCACCCAGAGCCCCGGAUGCCAAGAUGCUGGAGGAGCUUAAUGCUGAGCCUUGGUAUCAAGGAGAGAUGAGCAGGAAGGAGGCAGAGGCCCUGCUACAGGAAGAUGGAGACUUCCUGGUCAGGAAGAGUACCACCAACCCCGGCUCCUUUGUCCUCACGGGCAUGCACAAUGGUCAGGCCAAGCACCUGCUGCUGGUGGACCCAGAAGGCACGAUCCGGACAAAGGACAGGGUCUUUGACAGCAUCAGUCACCUCAUCAAUUACCACCUGGAGAGCAGCCUGCCCAUUGUCUCUGCCGGGAGUGAGCUUUGUCUCCAGCAACCUGUGGAGAGGAAACCCUGAGCUUGCCCAGUGCCCCAACCCCCAUACCUUAUGCCAGGUCAGGAGGACCUGGGCUCUGCUGCUGUCAGCCUAUGGGAACUGGGGCAACUGUCUGUGGGCCCAUCACCUUCAAAAGCCCCCUAGGGAGGUUUCCUUCGAGUUCAAAUUUCAUAAAUAUGUUCACUUGACUCAGAUAUGCAUAUUAGAAGUGUAUAUACCCAUCCAUCCUGUACAAAUGGCCCCGAUAUUUAUAUUUUUUAAGACUAAGAGAGGUGUGAGACUAGUGCUCUAAUGCUGUUUGUUUUUAGCGAGAGGCAAGUUUGACUGUAGUUGUUCUGGGAAAAAAAAUACAAAAUAGAAAACUAACCUGUUCUACUGGGAAAUUUUGCUAGGAAGGCGUAGCCUGCAGUUCCACAUAAUAAGCACAAUUCAAGGCGAAUACAGGUGAGCUGGCAGCUCCAAGACAAACAGAAUUGUGAUAGAAUACGGUAGCAUGCUGCCCCAACAUCUGCCCCUGCUGGUACAGCUUUGUGUGAGUGCUGGUUCCAGGCUGCAGCUCAGCUCCGGGAUGGUGGUACCUCCUCCAGGAUGGUGGUACCUCCUCCAGGAUGGUGGUACCUCCUCCGGGAUGGUGGCGCCUCCUUCAGCCCUUGCUUGCUGGAUGCUGCCUCCUGUGCCCCGAAAUGAUGCUUUAUGAAAAUGUAUUGUGCAUUUUCUGCCAUAGGAUGACCCAGUGAAUCCCCACUCCAAAGCAGAUGGUAUUCUGGCUUGUUUGGGUCGUGUUUUAGCAUGGGGAACCAUCCAUCAUCCUUGACUUCAAUUUGUGUGUGUGUGUGUGUGUGUGUGUGUGUGUGUAUUUGGGAGCUUCAUAUGAGUCCACACAUGAUACAGAAUAAGACUUAAUAUGUCUAAUUGGCAAGUGCUUCCUUGGUGUUGGUCAGCAUACUGAUGACGUGAAUGUCUGAGGAAUGGCAUAUUCUUGGUCUGUCUGUCCUUCAAUACAGGCUUUGUAUGGAAGGUGCCAGUGAAGCAGCCUCCCACCUACCUCUCGUAUUCAGUAGAACAAAAAAACAUGUGUAAGAGCCUCGCAAGGCCUGUACCAGCUUCCACCCAGAGUUGAGCCUUGGAGACACACACACCGGCUGUUCUUCCCAGGUCCGUGUGUGCUCAGCUCUGUGUUCCAGUCUUUGGGACCAGCUGGUGUGAGGAGUGGUGAGCCGAGUUGUCUCCCCUCCACAUUUUCUCAGUAGCCCCAUGAAAAGGGACCAUGCCCCUGGCCCUCUGUCUUGUCUCACUCGACCAUCUCAGAAGCUGUUGCUUCAUGGUGGGUGAUACUCUUGUGUUUCAAAGCUGGCCGUGUCUAUGGCUUCUAAACACAUUGAGGCUGUGAUCACCCUGUGACUUAACGAGCAUGAGCAGAUGAUACAUUGGUUGUUGGUUCCUCCUUGAGACAGAGAGAGAGAGAGAGAGAGAGAGAGAGAGAG